UUAGUUUUUUUCAAAUAAAAAUAAAAGUUAAAAGGGCAAUUUUAUUAUUUUCUUAUUGUAUUCUCGCAACGCACCAAAAUGCGAGCUCUUUUUAUUCCGAUCCCCGAUGCUUAAUCACAUGUCACUGUUUUUGGUCGGUCGUGUCUAUUCAUGGGCGUAUUUGACUGAGUGGCCAAGCACUCACCCAGAGCUCAAUGGAGAACUCAAGAGGAACCCGGUUGCAACAAAGCAAAGGUCGCCGACUGGUCCUUUUUCCGCUCCCCUUGAAGGGUCACCUCAACCCCAUGCUUGAGCUUGCAAACAUUCUUCACUCCAAAGGCUUCUCCAUCACCAUCAUCCACACUCACUUCAACGCCCCCAACUCCGAUGACUACCCCCACUUCACUUUUCACCCAAUCUCCGAUGGGUUGUCAGAAGGUGAAGCUUCCACCGGAGAUAUUCUACAUCUUCUCUUGUUACUUACUGUCAACUGCGUGGAGCCGUUUAGGGACUGCUUGGCUCGGUUGCUAUCGAAUGUUUCGGAGGAGCCGGUUGCUUGCUUGGUCGCAGAUGCUAUAUGGCACUUCAGUCGACUCGUUGCGGACAGCCUUAAGCUGCCAACGAUUGUGUUGCGAACCAGCAGUGCCUCCUCCUUUCUUGUUUUUGGUGCCUUUCCACUUCUACGGGAAAAGGGUUACCUCCCUAUACAAGAUUCUAGGCUAGAAGAGCCACUGCAAGAGUUUCCUCCCCUCAGAAUCAAAGAUAUUCCAGCGAUCAAUACAUGCGAGCUGGAAGCUUUUUAUCAACUAGUGGCAGCAAUGGUCAAUGAAAGUAAGGCCUCCUCGGGGAUCAUUUGGAAUUCCUUUGAAGACCUUGAACAAUCUGCACUAGCCACAAUCCACCAAGACUUUCAUAUCCCUAUCUUCCCUAUAGGCCCAUUUCAUAAAUAUUCACCAACUUCAACUACCUUAUCAAUCCAAGACCAUAGCUCUAUUGCUUGGCUAGACACACAAGCACCCAAUUCUGUGGUCUAUGUGAGCUUUGGGAGCAUUGCAGGAUUGGAUGAAACUGAUUUUAUAGAGAUGGCUUGGGGACUAGCCAACAGUAAACAACCCUUCUUAUGGGUGGUUCGACCUGGGUUCAUCCGUGGCUCAGAAUGGCUUGAACCACUGCCAAGUGGGUUCCUAGAGACCAUUGGUGGAAGGGGACACAUUGUGAAAUGGGCUCCUCAACAUGAAGUUCUGGCUCAUCCUGCUGUUGGAGCAUUUUGUACUCAUAGUGGCUGGAAUUCCACGUUGGAGAGUAUUAGUGAGGGAGUCCCUAUGAUUUGUUUGCCUUGUUUUUCUGACCAAAAAGUAAAUGCGCGGUAUGUAAGCCAAGUUUGGAGAGUUGGGGUGCAAUUGGAGAAUGGCCUGAAAAGAGGGGAAAUAGAAGGGGCAAUCAGAAGACUAAUGGUGGAGAAAUCAGGGCAGGAAAUAAGAGACAGAUGCAUUUCCCUGAAGGAGAAGGCAAAUCUUUGUCUAAAGCAAGGUGGUUCUUCAUACCAAGCCCUUGAGGACUUGAUUAGUUACAUCUCAUCCUUUUUCUUCCAGUUUGAAGCAACUUCUUCAUGAUUACUGGAUGGUCUUUUAUAAUUGUUGUAGCGUAUUCUCUUGAAGGAGGUGUCCGAAUAAGCUGGUCAUUAGCUAGAUUUUCUAUUUUUCCUCAAAUUGUGACUGUUCUGCACCCACAUUGGUUAUCAAAAUAAACCACUAAAAUUGUGGAGUUUACAUGCA